UUCUGGAUUUCGUAAGCAUUCUCCCAAAGAUUUCAUCCACCAGGAGAAAAAAGUUGCAAUUUUUUUUGUUCCUUCAAAAAAAACCCAACCUCAUGGGCGCUGACGACUCCGUCGACACCCUAUCUAAAAUCUCAACCUUCACCGAUCCCUCACCACCCCCGCCAUGUUCGCCAUCCACAGCCUCUCACCCCCGGCGACCCCGCCGCAGGCGACGGCGACCCGAAACGCCCCUCGAUCGUUUCUUCGAAUCGCUUUCUUCACCCGCCUCUGCUGCAGUCAAAAAAGCAGAACCACCAAGACGAUUUGGAAUUCCCAAUUCUUCUAUGUUUUAUUUAUAGGAGGCAUUCAUCACUUGCAAAACUCAAACAAAUUUUCAGUUCAGAAAGAAUUGGAGAAAAAAGUUGAGGAGCAGCAGGUUUCGGAGGUUGCUGAGUUGAAGGUAAAUUUCAUGUUACAGUUGAUUCUCUCUUGCCGCUUAGAAAUGUUGGUCGAGUAUAUUGAAAGAAUUAUCAGCGUCGGUUGA